GCACGUGCCCUGAGGCGGGAGAGCAACGUUGAUCAGAAGUUAACAGUCUUUCCCGGGUACCACCUUUACAUGAACCGUAGAUGGAAAACUGCACUAUGCUCUUCACCACACACAGGCAGCGUUGUAUAGACAAAGGCGGUGGAUUCCUCGCCUGGAGGUGGAGAAAGCUGGAACUAUAUAGUGGAAAAGAAAGGGGAGGGAACGUCCAGCCACACAGACUCUACACCAACCUGCCGCGUCUGUAUUAUUGAUUUGCCUCCCGUUUCUCUCUCCCUUCCCUCUCUCCCUCCCUCCUUCCUGUCCUGACACGCGAUGCCACAUGGAGUCUGGCGGCGUGGGAUUCACCUGACACUUGUUGCAUUACACGGGUACCGCUAAUCUGGUAACUUGAGGUCGACCGACGUGGAGAACCGCGGCGACGGUUAUGACUAUUCGGUGAUGUGUCGGAACUGUGACAAGGAGACCCCGGAUCCUGCGCCUUGCCAGCUCACGGGUACGCUGCCGGAGUGGCUGAAGGGACAGCUCUUAUGCAAUGGGCCAGGCCUCACUAAAGUGGGGGAGCAGGAAUACAAUCAUGCCUUCGACUCUGCAGCUCUAUUGCAGAGAUUCGAAAUUUCUGAUGGAAAAGUGAUGUACAACAACCGCUAUGUGCGCUCCAAGACAUUUGAGCAGAACCAAGCAGCCGGGGCCAUCACCAAGGCAGAGUUUGGCACACCUGGCCCUUCCACCAAAGGAGUGUUCUCCAGACUUUUGGAGGCAAUGGACCCAGAGAAAAUGUUCUCUGAUAAUGCUUUGGUGACAGUGGCUGACUUUGGAGGGCGCUACUUUGCCAUGUGUGAGACGCCCUUCUUGCUGGAGAUCAAUCCUGCCACUCUAGAGGUGAAGGAUCGGGUAAACCUCAACAAGAAGUAUGGUCUGAUGACCCAGACCCCACACCCCAUCCUGACCAGCGAUGGAGUGUACACAGUGGGCCAGGGUGUUGGGGUGACUGGCCCCAAGUACUGCAUUGUCAAGUUUCCUCCAGAUGGUAACUUGAAGCAAGGAAAGGUGAUGACUUCCGUGCCAGCGCGUUGGAAGAUGUCCCCUGCCUACAUGCACAGUAUGACCUUGACCGACAACUAUAUGGUACUGAUCGAACAGCCCCUGGCAGUCUCCCUCUCAGAGCUGCUGAGUGACAUUGUGACCAAUGCUCCUUUCAUCUCAGGCCUCAAAUGGCACAACGAACCAGUACUCAUCCACGUCAUUGACAAGAAAACCUGGAAGCUCGUCAAGACUCGCUAUGUAACAGAGCCUUUCUUCUUCAUGCACGUGGCCAACGCCUACGAGGAUGGUGAACACAUUGUGCUGGACAUCCCCACGUACAAAGACUCCACUCUGCUGCACCACCUCUAUAUCAAGACACUCAGGGAACAGCGAGGGAACAACACUGAGGAGUUUUUGAGCAGUUUUCGGUCAACACUGCACCGACUGGUGGUUCCGCUCAAUGCUAAGGGCAAGGAGACACUCAUAACACUGCAGGGCACCUCCUGCACUGCUGCCUGGUCUGGACAAGAGGUCACACUAAAGAGUGAGAAGCUGUGUGAGGUGCCCUUUGAGAACCCGUGCAUCAACCCCAAGUAUUGCGGCAGCAAGUACAACUUCCUGUGGGCGAUGGGACCCGAUCCUGAGGGAAGCGACAAGGGAUUUGUGAUGAAGGUGAAUCUGAGCUCAGGUGAGACUCACAAAUUCACUGAAGACAAGCUGUACUGUAGCAGUCCUCAGUUUGUGGCAAGACCUGGUGCUGUGGAUGAGGAUGAUGGAGUGAUCUUAUUCCUGGGUACUGAUUCUCAGGAUGAGAAAGCAGCAUUCUUGGUGGUUCUGGAUGCAGCUACCAUGACCGAGCUGGCACGGGCCAGUGUGGUGACCUCUGCCCCGGUGCCCCUGCCUUUACAUGCCCUCUACAUUCCUGCCUCCACACAGUGAUCAUUACAACUCCAUUCCACAUGAACUGUCUUUGUAUUGAGAUUGUUUUCAUUCUGCUUCCUUUCUUUCUCUUGUGUUCAUAUGAAUGUGUGACUCAUCAGUUCAUGUAGGAAUUUCAUGGAAUGCUGUGUCUGUCUCUCUACAAACCAGUGGCAAGUGGCAUUUUACAAUAUAUCAAUGUGCUGCCAUUUGUGUACUUAUGUUGAGUGUUCUUCUGGUGCUUCAAGUCUUUCCUGCUCAGGUUAUAUGUGGGAGUUUGUCCUGAGGAUGUUUUAAGCUUUAAUUUGCAAUUAUAUGUGAGAAAUGCUAUAUGUGAGAAAUGCUUGGGGUAUUACCUUUAUUUUUGCAACUUGGCUACAGGAAACCUCUGAUUUCUGUUGUGCAAAGUACAGUGUGGUGUUGGGACCAAUUUUUUCUAAGCAUGUAUGUAAAUGUACUCAAUUCCUUAGCCUAUAUGUAGCAUAACAUAGAUUCUUGCCAAACCUCCACUUUCUGUGGCUGUGACAGUGAAAAAGCAAAACUCACAUGUAUCUACUUAUGUACUUAUGCAUUGCAGUGUAAAAGGAAAUUAAGGAUCUGAUGAGUAUGGUGACAAGUAGAACAUUCCCUCUGAGUUGGUUUAGAAUUUCCUCUGUUGUCUUGCAUAUAUUUUUGCUCUAUCCUUGUGUUAGCAAAGUGCAUUGGACUGUAAUGCUACUAUGAAGGAAACUUUGAUGUGAAUGCGUAAUAAGGAAUAGUGUGCCCAGUGGUCUGCUGCACAAAAUUUGGCCCUACGAGGCUCCCUGCAGAUGGCUGACAGACAGACAAAUGACCCACCUGAUGAAUUGUUAUACAUGAUGUGAUAUUUGGAAUUAAGUGUGAAGUGAGGCACAUAUCUCAGCCAGACAACAGGAUGUGUCAUGCGGAUUUGACACGAGUUCAAGGUAUUAAAAUACAAUAAGAGUUACAUUAGUUAACAUUGAUUUAAUAAGUGUGUGUGUGAGUGUGAGUGUGAGUGUGUGUGCUUUCAAAUAAUGCUGUGUCUUUGCCCAAGUGGAACAUAAUCUUUUCAUGGAAUCCUCAUUUAACUUUUUCUUAUAACCUCUAAAUGCCCAUGAAAGGUACAACUACUUACUGUAAUGUGUUUGAUAUUAAAUGUAGAAAUAUU